AUGCCUUCUUUUUUACAUCCAAACGAAUAUGUUAUUAACGAGAAUGAAAGUUACAAAUGCCAUAGAAAUGGUCGAAGAAUCGCACCAAGACUUGUCGAUUAUCUCGACGAUGGACAUGAAGAUGUGAGCCCAGUCAUAUGGAUAGGGCUCCUUGGUACACAACCAGUGUAUCGAGUGACAAAUACUCUCGGUCUUGAUCGAGAAGGUAAUAAUAUUGAAGAUUUUGAAAUUCAUUGGCCGGCCAUAUUUCCCGAUAUCAUAAUACCAAUGUGUGAUCCAUUACAAUUGGAUAUCACUAUUCGAAAUCAUGUAAGUAAUGUUUUCGUUUUUGUUUUUAGUCUUUGAAAAAGAAUAAAUCAUUAGUAUAGAAUAAAAAUGUUGAUUUUCGUUUAGGUUUCUGUACAAGUGUCUCUAAAUGUCGAGACCAAUGAUGUUGAAGGCAAUGAAGAGCCUAUUAUUGGCGACGACCGAAUAUUAAAGCAUACGUUCGACGACGACGACGACAAUGAUGAUGAUGAUUACAACAACGAGCACGACGACAAAGACUUGUUUUUAUUCGAAUGUACAGAUCCCGAAAGUGACACAACUGAUGAUGAACUUGAUGGUUUUCAUAAGUGCUCAAUAGAACUUUACAAAAGACAGUGUCGCUUUUUU